GUGAUAACCGUAAAUAUAUCGAGGCUUUUUGUGCGUUUUGCCUCAUCUCUUUUGAUUCUGUCUGUCGCUUUUUACGGACUACAGCUUCUGUAAAGUGACCGCGCAACUAACCAAAAUGUUUCUGGACCAUUUUGUGCACGGUGAGCCAAAGCGAAACCUUCAAAAUAAACGGAAGUGUCUGCCUCUCGUUUGAAACCAAACAUCCGCCUCAUGUGUUUGUGGUGUUAGCUCGUCGUUUCAGCCGAGCAGAGAUGGAGAAAAAACGAAAAACAAAUCAAUUUAUUGUGCAGUGAAACGAGGAAUGGUGUAUGGUUUCGGCCAACACACAGGGCGAGCUAACGGUCUGAACAAGAUGUAACGUCCGAGAGUCUCACCCUGAGCAAAUAAACAACAUGGACUUUGCCACGGAGACAACCCGAGAGUAAAGAUCGAUAAGUUGAAGAUACAUUACCAUGGGUUUGGUGAACUUUUUAAUCUCUACGGUAGGAAAAUGCCUGGACGCCGUCUGCUUACUCCUGGACCUGAAUUUUCUCAUCGUCCACACCGUGGUACGGACGCUGCUGGCGAUUCUCACCUUCAUAACCAACCUGCCCACCAUGCUCCUCGCCUCAGCGCUGGAGCUGGGAAACUUGAUCGUCUUUUGUUUGAUGUCCGUGGGAGAGGCGACCUCAAACGUAGCCCACGGUACCGUCACCAUGCUGGGGAGCUUGGUGCUGUCUCUGGAGGGGCUGCUAGAGAGCCUGAAGAUGGUGGGCUACCUGUCCAUGCACGUCCUGCUCCGGGGGAAGGAACACUUGUGUCGAGGUCUGCUGUGGGUGCUGGAGGGCUGUAGCAUCGCUGUCAGCCUGGUGGUCUAUUUCACCAACACUGUGGUAAACUUUGUACUUAUUGCCACUCAGAAUGUGUACUUGGCGUUGGUCAGUGUGUGGCAGAUGGUCUCCAGCCCGCUGCAGAAGGUGCUGGAGCUCACGCUGACCUCCUUCACCUUUCUGUAUAGCAGCCUUGUUGGGACGUCAGCUUUCCUGUGGUCACCCUGUAAGCUGGUUUUGGACUUUCUGGUUUCGCUGGUGCACAUGUUCAUCAGCAUCUUCAUACUGAACAUUUAUGGCCUCAUGCUCACUGUCACUAUUGCUCUAACUACCACGGCCUACCUGAACCCAGUGCUGACCCGACAGGCUGCCGUGCGAAUUCUGGAUUACAUCAACUCAUUUCCUGCUCUGCGCAGACUGUAUCUGGCUCUCCACCGGCUCGCUUCAGCCAUGCAGAGCACCCCACUUUUGGUACGUGGUAACAUGCAGCGCCUGCAAAGGAUACUCCAUCACCUUUACCUACUGGAGAGAGGACUUUGGCAGCAUCUGUCUCGACACAGCAGCCAGCUAGGCCUGGCACUGCGGACACACCUCCACAGGGACAACAACAACAGAGUGCGAGGCGAUGGCGACCCCGGAGAGGAGCGACGGGGCCUACCAGACGGAAGAGCAGGAGACGGAGCCCACCAGGAGCUGCUGGAUUUAGCUCUCCCCUCCUCCAGUACAGACAGACCACUAAAGAAGCAGUCGUCUUCAGGCAAAGACAGUAAUAAACCUCUGCCUGCGGAGAAUCUGCUGACUCUGCUGAAGGAGCAGGAGGACAGGAAGAAGUGUGUGAUCUGUCAGGACUGUACAAAAACAGUGGUGCUGCUGCCAUGCAGACACCUCUGCUUGUGUAGAGACUGUACAAACAUCCUGUUGAGACAACCUAUCUACCAACAGAACUGCCCGCUCUGUCGGCACAUGAUUCUCAAUACUAUGGACGUGUAUCUGUGAGGGACCAGUGGAUCCGUGGGCUUCUGACAUCAAGGAACAAUCACCCUCUCAGCACCUACACUUAAAAGUUUUACCACACCUGAACUUAUGUUGUAUGACUCAUGUUUUACUGGGUUGUGUUAAAGGAUAAGUCUAGUGGCUUUCUGUAGUUAACUUGCUAUCAACAAAUCUCAUGAUAAAUCCAAAAGUAACAAAGCAUUGAUAAGUUCAUCUCCCAGUAGUUUCCUGCUUCUCUUCCCUGACUGUGGCACUCAGCCUCAAGCCUAUUAAUUCCAACUGAAAACAUUGUAAGUCAGCAGCUCAUAAAUGAUUUUACUCAAAUGAGUUAACAGUGAAAACAGGUGUAAAUGGUCUUUGACUACACAGACAAUACUUAUUAAUAGAUUCCAUUUCUGAGAGGUUCUGGAUUUAUUGGGAUUCAUUGAUAAUAAAAGUAGAGAAUAUCACAUGACUUAUCUUCUGUGCAAUCUGCACUGUGUACGCUCACUCUGUGAGCAGUUCAGGGGAGAAAUACUAAAGUAAACAUGCACAGGAAGCGAUAUAAUACUUGCGCCUUCGGAUGCUGAUCAAACUAGAACAUAAAAAUGCCUCCACCAAAUGAAGAGACCAGGGACCGGGUUUGCAGUCUACGAUUAUUUCCGUUGUUGAUUAACCUGCCUAAAACAUCAAAACACACCUUCCCACAGUCCAAAGUGAUGUCCUUAAAUUUUUGUGAAGAAGCUGGAACCAGCACAUUUGGCAUGUUUGCUUAAAAAAAAUGACAAUUAAUCUAUGACCAAAAUGGCUGCAGAUAAAUUUGCUUUCUGUCAACUGAUUAGUCGACAAAUUGUCGCAGCUCUGAAAGAAACUGCAAAAUGUUUUUUCAGUAAUGUAACUUAACUGUUUCACCACUACCCACAAUUAGUUUGUGCAUUGAAUUGUGGGAGAUUAGAAGUUUAUUUUUUUGUUUAUUUUUUUAUUUUUUUUGGGUAUGCGCACUGACUGUUUUAAGGCUACUUCAUUGUGUUGCUUUUCAAGUGUGAGCACACGACAUAUUCUAAUCCUGCUUAGAAUAAGUCUGUAAUAUGGAUUUGGGUCGCAGCUACAGUCUCUGUUCUGGCACUGUGAUCCUGUUCAAAUGGUCCAGUGUUGCCACGUUGAGUCUCAGGUCUCGUAGCCAUGGUAACCCUCUAGGUGCCCUCCCUUCCUGAUGCUGAAAUGUUAACUGCCGCUCAUGUCUUAAAAUUUUGCGCUUUGAGUGGGCCAAGCUGUGAAGAAAAGAAAAACACUCUGCUUUAUUGCAUGACAAUUAAUUCCACACAUGCUGUAUGAAUAAUAAUGUAUUCAAAGCAAUGCCAUGACUUUUUUUUGUUGCAGUAGAAGCUUUUAGCAUUAAAAUGUACUUCUGUAUGUUUGUUUGUGCUGCAUAGAGCCGUAUAAAGAGUUUUUUUUUUCUUUGUUUU